AACUAUAAUACAAGCCAUCAUCUGUGCCGCCGCGUGCCUCCUCUGUCGUCCACCACCACCACCAGCUUCCACCACGCACCGCCGUCAUCAUUCGCUAUUAAUCCAUCAAUAGCCGAGAGGGUCGAGAAGGUGAAGGGAUUCACAGCUGCGUGGCUAAACUAUGGAGAUGGACAUGAAAGAUGAUAAAGAGUUUGUUUCGAGCACAACAAAAGAUGUGAUUAAUAUAUUACCGGAAGAAGUGAUUGGGAUGAUUUUGUCCCUUCUACCAUUGAAAGAAGCAGUGAGAACAAGUGUGGUGUGCAAAGAAUGGAGGGUUUUAUGGUCAAACUAUUUUUCAGGAUCUGUAACUCUGGAACCGCCACAAGUGCGGCCCAAAUUCGGCUACACAUUAGAGGAGGAGAUGCCUUCAUGUAGGUCCGACUUUGUACGUUUCGUUGAUCGACUACUCUUGGAGGGGUUGAAAUACCCAUACUUGAAAGAGUUUAAAGUCGUGUGCUUCCUUAACGACCCACGCAUAGCGUCAAACAUCGAUCGCUGGAUCCGCGUGGCCACAGCGAAACAAGUCGAGACUUUGGAUCUCAACUUCUUUGAUCUAAUAUUCUCCCCAAUGUGGAGUUACAAUUUUUCAUGGCCGGAAGGGUGCCGGUGUUUGAAGGUCCUUCGCUUGAGAUUCAUAAGUGUUUCGGGAGAAAUGCUAGAGGGACUCUUGGACGGCUGUCCCUUACUCCAAGAGCUAAGCGUUUCAAGAUCACAAAAAUUAAUUGGUUUUCGCAUCUUGCACCACGAGGCCUUGAAGCGUUUGGAGAUUCAUGCCUCGGUGAGUUCUAUGGGGGAUGUACUAGUCACAGUGGUAUCGGCCCCCAAUUUGGUGUGUUUUAAAUUCGGCGGCAAUGGACGAUUCUGUCACACAUCUUUGGUCGAUGUGCCUUGCCUGACCCAAGUUNAUGAUAUAUCUGAGUUGGAGAAAACGGCAUCGCCCGCAUUUCAUAAAUUUGUACCCAAGUUGGAGUGGAGGGAGGAAUGUCAUAAAGAGAUUUGGUUUUCGGAUGAGAAUGUGGCAGAUGUUUGUAUGCAUGAAGAGGUUGUUAAAAGGUGGAUCUUCAAUAACAACAAUGGUGGUCUAUUUACUAUCAAAUGGCGCGGUGUUUCACUUUAGUGCCCUUUUGUUGGUUUUUG